AAGAGUCAUAUGACUACUCACAGGCAGCAUUUGUUAGGGAAGUGUUUUCAAACAUCGACAGAAGACAACGUGGAUAAGAGAAAAUGCCAUUGACGAAAGCGAUAAUUGUCCCAGGAAAUGGAGCUGGAGAUGUAGAGCGGUGCAAUUGGUAUGGCUGGGCCAAAAAACAGAUAAAUAAGAUUCCGGAUAUGACCUGCCUGUUGAGAAACAUGCCUGACCCAGUGACAGCCAGAGAGAGCAUAUGGCUGCCAUUCAUGCAGGAGGAGCUCCAAUGUGAUGAGGAGACUGUUAUCAUUGGCCACAGCUCUGGGGCAGCUGCAGCCAUGCGGUAUGCAGAAACACACAAAGUGUUUGGCCUCAUUCUGGUGGGUGCCUAUACUUCCGACCUGGGAGAUGAGAAUGAGAGAGAGAGUGGAUAUUUUAGCCGGCCAUGGGAGUGGGAGCAAAUGAGAAGAAAUGUUGGGCACAUUGUUCAGUUUGGCUCCACGGAUGACCCCUUCCUGCCUUGGAAGGAGCAGCAAGCUGUGGCCGAGGGCCUGGGCGCGGAGCUGCACAAGUACACAGAGCGAGGACACUUCCAGAACACACAAUUCCCUGAGCUCAUUGACGCAGUGCGAAAGCUGAGAACAGCUGCUUAAAAAGCAGCAGAGUUGUCCGCCAUUGGAAUAUGACAAGCAAUGAGGACAAUGGCCCAAUUACAAUUCUCUGUUCAGUUGCUCCCUUCACUGUGUCCCUCUGGGGAAUCCUCAUGUGGACCCUUAUGAUUAAGAUAUGCUGGAUAUUCCAAUUCAUCAAGUGUAGUUCACAAUGUCAUCAAUGUGCUUAUCUUUUGCGCCAUUACUUUGAGUGCUCUAUGGAAGACUCGCCAGUUUUGAUUCCCCUGGGUUUCUAUCAGUUUGUUGAUUCACACACAUGUGCACAUUUUACUGACAGCCGUGAGUUUCCAUCAAACUGGCUUCUUGCGAAUAAAAUACUGUGUGUAAUGACGUAGUGCAAGUAAAAAGAACUGUCAUAACCUUUUUAUAACUAAUAAAAAACAGAAGUUCUAUGUGUUUCCAUUCCUUAACUAUGUUGAUGGUUUUCAGCACAAAAAGUCUGCAACUAACAGCCCACUCUGGUCUUGGCGCUUGCGCUCGAACAGAAUAUACAUUAGAGUAAUCGCUUGCACAGGCUAACAUCGAACUCCGGUAUAAAAACACAUGCCAUUGAGACCCUUCAAUCCAACAUUGCCAAACAGGAAUAUAACUGAUUAGUGAUCUACUAGUGUACCCAAAUGAUCUACAUAAUACCACUCCUUUUCUUCAAUCAGAUUGAGAUCCACAUAAGGCCUUCAGAGUCAUGAAGGAACAUACCAGUCAGCCCUACUAGAUCUCUGGUAGCAUACUCCUCCACCCUUUUUCCAAUCACCCGGCCAAAACCCCUCUGUUGAGAUACUUCAUAUUCCCAACAAUCUUCCAAGAUUGCAAGUGUGGGUUUGUCUGAAGCACUACCCUUCAAUCUGUAAGCAAGGGCUUUGUAGCAACAUCAUAACGCUCAGUCUAUUUAAGAGUUGCCUCGGGUGAUCUGUUCUUGCAGACACACAUUUUGAUUGCAAACACAUUACACUAACAGCUUUAGUUUAUGAGAUAUUACAUUUGUCUGUGUUUGGCUGAGAGUUUCCGUUUAAGGGGGUGGAGACUUUGCUAAUAUCUUUUCUCAUACAUCUCCCCCCAGAAAAUAAUCAAGCAUCUGACAAUUACGCAAGAUUUUAGUUCUGGGUUAGAUUUAGCAGAUAAUUCAAGGUUUUACCUGCAAUUGUGAUUUAGUUUUACUUAAAUGCCCUAUAGUCACUAUAUAUAAGAGUGUCUGCUAAAUGACUGACUUGACCUUUGAAGCUAAAAAAGGUUCAGGUGGUAUCUCUUCCAUUUUGAAAUGCUCCUGUCUGAUGCUUAAACAGAACAGAACAUGACAAGUUUUGCUUCAUUGAUUGGGUUUCUGUAAUGUAAACCACCGUACGCAUCUGCAGAGAUCUGAGACCAAUCAGAUCUGUGCCAAUGCUGAAAUAUGGUUGAACAUACCAGGAAUCCCAUCAAUACGAUUUAGCACAACAUGACUGCAAUGUAGGCGGCUGUAUGACUGCUAUUGCUACAGGUAAUAUUCAGAUUGGCAGAAGGGGUAUAGAAAUGUCUCACACAAAAAGCUUUAGGCUAUUGCUAUGUUAUAUCAUGUGUGCUGUAGAAGUAAAACAAUUUCUAUGUUUAUUUCCAGAGCAAAGGGAAUGCUUUUGCAAAACUUGUCCAUCUUCAACACUUUCAUGCGUGCUAGAUGGAAAUGUAGUGGCAGGAUACAAUUGAGCUUGUUACAUUCCCAAGGAGAGGCGGCGUUCUCAGUCAGUCUUAAAGGAUUUAUUAAGCCGUGUAUAAAUAAAAGUAUCUUCAGAUGCCAUCAAAGAUUGCUAGAAGAAAAAUAUACAUGAAACACUUUCUCCACAGAGAAAAAAAAACUAAACAAGCCAAGACACCAGUCAAAGGUCCAGCCACUCUGCCAUAUACACACAGUUUGAGGGGGAUAUCUCGCCUCCUUCAUGACAGUCAUCAAACACCUAAGAGAAGAGAGACAGAAAAAAAUUAUGUAUACUCCUGGAAGAAUAGUGCAUCAUCAAACCUACAUGACUUACUUUCCCUUUUUCUAGCAUUUCCUGAUGGCUAUCUGGCUCAGAGUAUGUGAGCGGAGCUGGAGCAGAGCGUGGAGGGAGAUUCCCAAAGGCUGGUGCCUCGGCCUUCUCGCCCACUCCAAUAAUCGCUCACUUCACGAGCUCAGGGCAUGCCCAGUACACAUUCGUAGUCUACUUGUGCGCUCCUAUAGCCCCUUACUUUAGCUACUGUUUUGGAGUACGCUAAAUAUCUUCAUAAAAAAACGGAUAAAACACACAGGUGCUAAAUCAAGGUGACUUACAAAGAUGAGGACCAAGAGAGGGAGUGCGGUGAUGUAGUGUCCACAACUAAAUAAUAAUUGUGGAAUCUGAAAAGACACUCAUCCCAAAAGCACGACGAUAUACUUACUACGUGCACAUGCUAAAAGAAAGGAAGGAGGUGGGUAGAUAACUAAGUGUGUCAUUGUAGCAAAGUAUUUAUAAACAAAAAAUCAGAUCUCAAACUUUUCGUUCUAUUAUCUAUACAAUAGGACAUCAUUGAUUUUGACCCAUUAGGGCUGGCAUAUUCCCACGUUCAAGGAGCUUUUCGUUUUGAUUGGGUUAUUUUGCCUAAAAACCUUUAGGCCUACCUAU